GGAACCUAGGAGAAUCUCUGCCCUUGACAUUUUUGGAUUGUUAGAUCAAAACAAAAUUAAAUACACACCCUAAUAACACAAAUGAAUUAUGCCAGAUUCGAAAGUAGCGAGUAAUAGAAGGAAGAGUAAUAGCCAUGCCAGCCUGCUCCUAACCACAUCCUCCACUCAUGUGCAGCACGCGGAAAGUGGCCCUCGAGGUAGCGCCAGGACGCCGGAUGAGAACGACCAAAAUAGCUCGCUGCUCUCCAAUGACUUUGUCCUGAUGCUGGACUGCUCGCCAAGUCCACAGGAUGUGUUCUGCGAAAAUACGCCGGAGUUCAGGACUUCGUGGCUGUGGCUCAACAAACUGACCACCAUGCAUUGCCACACCCUCUACGAGCUGCGCAUGCGCAACGCGUACAUGAGUCACUUCAGUGUUUGCCUGAACCAAAGGCGACUGACUGGCGUUUUCGAGCAGCCUCCGCCGGCGGAGUUGGCUUGGGUCGACUUCUCGGAGAAGCCAAAGGCUCAGCAGUGCCCAAACCUGACUGAAAUGCAGCGUUCCUGCGAUCUGAAUCAAUCCCCUCUAGCCGCAGUGACCUCCUCCUCUUCGUCAUGCGACUGCAGCGGUAAACGGUCGACAUCUGAGUACUGGGACACCUUCUCGAAUUGUGCUCGUCCUUCCGGCGGGACUAUUGAAUCCAUUUCAAAACCACAACUGCAGACAAGGCGACGGCUCCUCCCUUCCGUUCCCACGACCAGUGAUAACGAUGUGCGUCAGCUUUACAAAAACCAAAAAGCGAAUUUUCGUUCAAACCAAUCUUCUACCUCUGCCACGCAAUCGUUCACCAGUCGAUCUCAAUCUUCGCCGUCUAAAUUUUCACUCAGAAAUCACAAGCCAAACGCUUUUCAAAAUUCCGAUAGUCAGAAGUCACCCGAAGAUGUUCGAAAACGUAUGAUCGAUUUGAUGGAACUUAUUAGGAUGGAACUGCGUGGUGAACCGAUUCUGGAUAAAAAAGACAUUUUGGAGGAGGAGUUGAAAAGAUAUAGGAAUUUCUUCGAGCUUCAUUUGCAGGAUGGUGUGAACUUUGACCCGCAUUCCAACUCGGGGCGUGUUCAUGUGCUUCUCAACAUGCAAAAAGAUCUGAUAAGGAUGCUCAAAGAGGAUUUGGCAUAAUGACAUAUGUUUCAGAAUAAGUUUCAUAAUAAAAGAUACCAUUUUGUAA